AUGCAAUUGGCUUGGGAUUUGGGUCUACGUCGGAUAACAGUGGAAUCGGAUUGCAAAGAGGCCAUUUUGGUUCUUCAGACUCGGGUAGGAUCUGGGGUAGGUUCCUCGAUGGUCCAUCAUAUCCAAGAACUUGUGAAGCGUUCGUGGGAGGUUCGUUUUGUUUUUGCUCCAAGAGAAUAUAACCGAGUGGCGGACUGCAUGACAAAUUUGGCGUGGAAAUGGCCCUUUGGGUUUCAUGUUUAUCAAAGCCCACCCGUGGACGUAGGAGUUAGCAGCUAUGUUGAAGAUUCAACAGGAAAAACUGAAGAUACAACUCAUUCUCGUCAUCGGAGAUGA